AUGAACGUGUCAGCGCAUGACUUCUUUCACAGGUGCCCAGAUUACAGACAGACUAAUGACUCUACCAAAGAGAUUGGAACUGCUGAUUUCAGCAAUAUUUUACCUGGAAUUAGGGAGGAAAUAGCCCAAAGUUGCCAAAUAGACGACUCUAAAAAUUUCCGAUCAUUUUUGUAUGACAAUUCUGCAUCGAUCACUGAUAGGGUGUGAGAUACCCUAAAAGAGAUAGAGAGUGGCAAUGAAAGUGUUGUAAACUCUACUUUUUGUGGAGAUUAUGUCAAAGCACAAAAACAGAAAAAGCAUCGUAGGGAGAUUUCUGUCACAGAUGUGAUGCCAAAAGCAGAAUUGAGAAAGGUGCAGAAGCUUCCAUCUAAAUUCUCUGUACCUCAUGAUAAAGUCAUGAGCUUCCUGGAAUUUUGAAAAAGAUUCAGAAAAACAAUGAGAUCGCUGAUUUUUAUCCAAUAUUUCACAGUAGGAGAACUUAUCAAGCUCAAACUAGUUCAUCCUAAUCUGAAUGAAAUUAUCGACUCAAGUGUGAUCAGCUCCUCGAUACAAAUGGGUAACCUCAGUCCUGAAGAUAGAUGAGCCUAUUGGAAAUCUAAGGUUUAUACAAAUGUCGAAGGAAUUUCUAAAAUCCUACCAGCAGGGAUGGUAAAAUUAAUCAAGAAUAGUGAUGAUAUGCUUCUUACAUCAAUCAGAAGCACAUUACUUACAAACCUACCAGAAGUGAUUGAUCACAACGAGGAAGUAAUGAACAAAAUGAUUGCCAGUCUUUUUAUCGAAAAUCAUCUUUAUAGGAUCUAUGAGGAUCAUACAAGUUCAGAUCCUUUUAGCAAUACUAUCACCAUAAAGCCGUCCCAGUAUUGUACAAACAUAGAAAUGAUGGUGUUCACACUUGAAUCACUAAUAAACACCCAUCUUGGUGUCAAAAUAAAAGAUAGCAACAACAUUUUGCGUGAGUGAUUCUCCACCCUCUUAACAAAUCUGAUCCCUAAUAAUGAGUUUUCCAUGAUCAAAAUUCUUGAGUGCUUCAGCUCUGGAGGCUGGAAAAGAAUUUACAGUAUCUUACUGAACUUAAUAUCUCACAUGAUGGAGGAAAAUGGAAGCUUUAGCUUCCAAAAAUUGCUUGAUGAUAUCAGAGAAUUUGCUCAGUACAGAGAUUUACUGAAGAUAUCCUUCCCUGAAGUACAAAACUCAAGUCCUGUAGUUGUCAGUUCGGAAGAAAUAGAAUCCCUGGAGAACCAGUAUAUGCUUGCAUACAUGAUAAAGAAGACUGAGAAGAUUCAUAAGGAAAUAAAAGAGAAAGCAAUUAAGAAGAGAAAGAACAAUAUUUCUAUCAAAAGGUUCUUCAUCAGAAAGCCCAAAGAUAUUGCUGAAGGGAAUAAAUUGAACUUAAAGUUAGCAGAUAAGAGCCAUUUCAGAGACUUAGCUGAAAAAGAGUUGUAUAAAGACCUAUUAAACCUGUAUCAUACUGAGCAUCUCAAGUUAGAGAAGGAUGUAGAAAUUAUUAACUGUAAACUUCUUUCUGUAAAAGGUAACAUUAAGAAGCUAUAAACCCAAAAUCCGAAGCGAAGGAUCAAGAUAUCAUUAGCCAGUUCGAAGCUGCAAGCCAAAAGUUAGACAUCCUUAAGGAGACCAGAGAGGUUCUUAAAGUAGACAUCUUUAAAAAGAAGCAGGAAAGCAAAAUGGCAUCAGCAAGGAGAAAGAUGCGAAGGAAACAAAUCAAAGAUAUCAGAAGGAAGCAAAGGGCUAAUACCAGAUCUAGGAAUAAUGCAGGGCCUUAUUGUGACCAGAACACACAGGCUUAUAAUAUAGACGUUAGGUUAGAGACCAGAAAAGAUCAUGAAGCUAAUGCUUGUAUUACUCAGAAUAAUAGACAAGUCAAGUUUCUAACCCACGAUAUUGAGGAUCUUGAGUCAAGAAUCUGUGCACUUGAGUUCAAAAUUAAUUCGUAUUUAAAGCCAGAUUAUGACAGAGUGAAGACAGACAUGGAGAAUUGUAAAAGCAAAUCAGAGGAACUCAAUGAGUUCAAAAACUCACUUGAGGCCCAAAUCAUCUCACUAAAUGAACAAUUUCGGAUUGAUAUCAUUGGAAAAUUCAGCGAAAUAGGAGCAGUAGAAUCCUUACAAAAGAUUAUUUAUAAUUCAAUCAGCUAAAGUAUAUAAGUCUUA